GGCUCCAUAUCAGCGCUCGAUCCAUCCUCAAACCGCUGGUACGGGAGCGCUUUCUAUUUGCAGAUAAUUGCCUGAGGGGGGUCCAGAUACUUGUUGAGAUCAUUAUCCUCUCAACUCGAAAAUGGUCAUAUGGACUAUCUCCAACCAGCUGGCCCCGUCAAUAAUUUUCUGUUCCGGUUCGUGGGCAACAUCAUUUACUGUCCUAUUCAUGUCAUACAGUUUAUCCUUUUCUUACCUCUUUUUUUCCAUCCCAUCGAACCAGGCGUUCUGGAUCGCUUGUCUAUUUUCUUCUGUCAUGUAUCAUCUGCUAUUCCAUCUAUUAUUACUUUUUUUUUCUCUCCUUUUUCUCUUUUUUCUCUUUUUCUUGCCCUCGUAUCAUGUGCUAUUUCAUUUUCAUCACAUGACUGGUUCCCCGCGCGAAAAAAAAGUUUCCCGUAACGCCACGAAUCUCGUCCUUGAGAAUUCAAAAGCCCAAGGCAACGACAAAAAGUUCAUGCAGGAGGAAGAUAGAGAAAGGAAACUGGAUGAUACAUUUGUAUUAGAGAUGAAUGUCGAACGACAACUUGCCCAACACUGAGAGGUCCCUCUUCCCCUAUGAGCGUUUCAAAUUCAUUCAUAUGUAUAGAAAAGAAGCGUUGUAAGCUGGAGAGACUCUAGUUGCUGUCAAGUUUUGUCCUUUUUUUUGUCUUAAAAAAAUUAGCACGAUGAAAUGAUACAAAUCCUUCUUUACUCGCACUCCCCAUUUCGCAUAGUGGCCGUGAAUCCAUGAAUAAUGCUACGGUUUUACAUAUGUAAUUCUCACUCCAGCUAUGGAAGCAUCAAUCCAGAAGAUUACGUAUCUCAAGGAUAUUAGUUGAUACAA